CCACCCCACUUUGGAUCGCGAUCAUUCGGUCCCUCUUUGCGGCCCCUCAUUGCAAAGAGACACGUACGGGAGGAUUACUUUAGCGCUCGUUGUUCCAUCCACACCAAGACUUAACAAACACUAGAGAGUGUGGACUCUCAAUUAACAAUGAGAGGACAUUUGAUUCUGCCUUUAUUGGGACUACUCGCCCUUGGAUGUGCAGCAAAAUGUCCUGAGCAAAGACAGUCUCCUGGAAGGGAGAUUUUUUGCUAUACGUCAACUUUUGAUAUAAAACAGCUCGAAGAUUCUAUAUGCAGGUGCACGACUCUUGUUCAUCAAGGUCAUGAUCUUCAAGAUCUUACAACUACUGGUCUUGCGGAUCUUCACAAGUCCUUGGUACAAUUAAAUCCUGUGCUCCAGUUUGUUAUAAGUAUAAAUGAUGCUCGAGGCAGAUUAAUGACUUCAGCUGAUGCACGACAAGAAAGUGUUGCCCGAAUAGCAAGAAUAUUGAAUCAAGUGGAUGGCGUUGAACUCAAUGUGACGGCGGGAACUAAAGAACGAUUAGUUCACUUCGUUCAAGGGUUGAAAAAUGAAAUCAUAAGAAAGUCAUUGAAGAAAAGAAUUAUUUUAGCUUUGCCAACCAAGUCCGAGCAGCUUGCCAAGCAGUUUGACAUUAAAGAACUUUCAAAAUUUGUCGACUUGUUUACUAUUCCGACCCAUUAUUUAACUGACGAUGAGGAAAAUUACAAGACAUUUCAUCCAUCCCGUCUUAUGGGACUCUUUGAUUUACUGAAUACCGACAGCCUGGUUGAUCUUGUUCACGGCCUUGGUGCUACCAAGAGAAAAAUUCUUGUUUCCUUACCAGCAAGUGGUUAUAAAUUUACCCUGAAGAUCAAGGAUCUCAACACUCCGCGAGCACCAACUCAGCAAAUAAAUCCUGUGUCUAUCAAUCGGAUCCAACUUUGUCAAGCGAUUAGUCAAGAUGAAUGGACUAUUGAACGAGACGAAGAUCUUACUGCGCCUUAUGCAUUCACAAAUAACACUUGGAUUGCUUUUGAAGAUAAAAUAUCUGCUAAAAUAAAGGGAAAAUAUAUUUUACUUCGUGAUUUAGCGGGCUUAGCUAUCAGAGAUAUUGAAAAUGAUUUAAAAAAUGAUUGCGGAAAUACAAUAACUGAAGAUGUUUACAACUCAAUAACUGAUAACAGAAGAAAAACUCGAGAAGCUGUUUUAACUUCUUUAGAAAAUGAUAUUUAUAGUACGGAAACUUUAUACCCAAAAAAUUUAAAAUCUUCAGACUUCAGGAUUUCCCGAAUCGUUGACAGUCAGGGAAAAAUUAAAGCUGUACGUGAAAAUAUUCAAACAGAAUUUUCGUGUCCGCGUCAAGGAUAUUUUGUUCACCCACACAGUUGCAACAGAUUUUAUCGAUGUGUUAAAUUUAAUCAGCAAGUUGAGAACUACAGUGUCUUUGAGUUCGACUGUCCUGCUGGUUUAGCUUUUGAUGAAAGUACUGAUGUCUGUGUAUGGCCUGGGUCACUAUCGAAAAGUUCACCAUGUCCUGGAAGUCCUGAAAUAGCACCAUCGACUCCAAGAAGAUUCAGUUGUCCUAAAGAAGGUUAUUAUGCUGACCCUGAAAACUGCCAAUGGUUCUUUGCUUGUAUGGAUCUAGGAGGAGACAAGAUGUUGGCUUACGAAUUCCAGUGUCCCUACGGAUUGGUAUUUGAUGAAAAUAAAUUAGCCUGCGAAUGGCCGUGGCUAGUUCCCAAAUGCGCUGGUACUAAUUAUGAAAACAAAGGAUUUGGAUCUGGAGUAAUUGGGGGUGGGUAUGGUGGACAUAACCAAGGAGGCUAUGGGGGAUCAGGACAACCUGGCUACGAUUACGAUGGAAAUCAAGGUAAUUAUGGUGGCCAUGGAAGCAAUGAAGGUGGUUAUGAUGAAUCAUCUCAAGGUGGUGGUGGUUAUUAUUAUGGAGGUCAUGAUAAUUCGGGUUAUGGAGGAUCAGGGCAUCCAGGAUAUGACGGAUCAAGUGGAGGGGAUGGGUCCCAUGGACAUGGUGGUUAUGGGGCAAAAGGUAACGGAAAUGACGGUGGAUAUGAUGGUUCUUCAGAAGGAGGUCAUGGUGGGUCAGGACCUGGGCAUGAAUCACAUGGUGACGAUGGUUCUUAUGAAGGCAAAGGUAUGGACUAUGAUUAUGAUUAUGGUGGAAAAGGUCAUGGAAAUCAAGGUGGUCAUGGUGGAACAGAGCAGUCUGGACAUGACGAAUCACACGGCGAAGACGGAUCUUAUGAUGGCCAAGGUAUGGAUCAUGAUAAUGGUGGAAAAGGUCAUGGAAAUAAAGAUGGCCACGGUGUGUCGAAACCUUCUGGAUACGACAAUUCAAACGGUGAAGAUGGUUCUUAUGGAGGCAAAGGUAUGGAUUAUGAUAAUGGUGGAAAAGGUCAUGGAAAUCAAGAUGGCCAUGGUGUGUCGAAACCUUCUGGAUACGACAAUUCAAACGGUGAAGAUGGUUCUUAUGGAGGCAAAGGUAUGGAUUAUGAUUAUGGUGGAAAAGACCAAGGAAACCAAGAUGGCCAUGGUGUGUCGAAACCUUCUGGAUACGACGAUUCAAACGGUGAAGAUGGUUCUUAUGGAGGCAAAGGUACGGAUUAUGAUUAUGGUGGAAAAGACCAAGGAAACCAAGAUGGCCAUGGUGUGUCGAAACCUUCUGGAUACGACAAUUCAAACGGUGAAGAUGGUUCUUAUGGAGGCAAAGGUAUGGAUUAUGAUUAUGGUGGAAAAGACCAAGGAAACCAAGAUGGCCAUGGUGGGUUAAGACCUUCUGGGCAUGAUGAAUCACACGGCAACGACGGCUCUUAUGAAGGCCAAGGUAUGGAUCAUAGUUAUGAUGGAAAAGAUCAAGGAAACCAGGGAGGUUAUGACGAAUCUUCCCAUGGUGGCCAUGAUGGAACAGAACAGUCCGAACAUGAUGAACCACAAGGUGAAGAUGGCUAUGAAGGCAAGGGUAUGGAUCAUGGUUACGAUGGUAACAGGGGUAAAGACGAAGGAAAUCAAGGCAGCUACGAUGAAUCUUCUCAAGGUGGCUACGAUACCCAUGAAAGUAAAAACCCCGAAGAUGAUGGUAGCUACCACGAGCCUUCUCCUGAAAAUGAUGGAGGCUAUGGAAGCCGCACUACCAGUGUUAAUUACGGUAUGAAAGACCAAGAAAAUCAAGGUGGGGAUCAAGGAUACACAACUAUCAGCGCUCAUUCAUCUUCUAAAGCCGGCUAUCCCUCAGUAUUACACAGUGGAUACACUCCAUCAGCUGGAGGAGGCAUACCAACUAUUCUCGUCGGAGGCUACUCAACUGGAGGCUUUGAACACUCGACUCUCAUCUCUGGAUCACAAAAACCACAACUCACUAGUUCUGGUUAUACUUAUCCUCAACCAGGAACCAAAGAAUACACAAUAAACCAAGGAUACGAUGUUUCUACCGGAAGCUUAUCGACUCCUCAAGGGCCUAUAUAUCGCGGCGAUGCUGGUAAAUUUACUAAAGCUACGCAUACUUCAGAAGCUAUUACAACUGAUGUAUACAAAAAAGGCAUCAUAACUACCGGAAGUUCACAAACAGGAUACAGCAAAAGUGAUUACGGAACCACAUCGGGUCUAUUUACUGCAGGUAAAACAUUCCCAGGAGUCCUAGAUAACGGCAAUACAUUAAUUUCCCAUAGACCAACAUCUUUCGGUAACGAAUUCUAUCCCAAUCAAGCCAGAGAAUCAUUUACUCCAAGUGUUACUUUCAAAAAUCAAGGGACUUUUACCUCAGCAGGCUCAUCUUUAACUACCGGCAAUCAGUUCUACACCAACGAAGCCGCAAUAUAUAACACAGGAGCUGGUUCUCCAGGACAAACGUUCACUCCAUCAUUCAGACCAAUUGCUUCUACUGGAAGCGGAUACUACACUAGCGGUUCUGGAUCUAAAGAACGAACGUUUACGCCAUCAUUUACUUCUACUGGAAAUGAAUAUUAUAAUGGAGCUGCUGGAUCUAAAGGACAAACAUUUAAGCCAGCAUUUACUUCAUUUACUUCCACUGGAAAUGAAUAUUACACAAAUAAAGCCAGUGAUUCAUACAACGGAAACGGUAAUUCAAAUAUACCGAGCGGUUAUACUCCAUCAAUAACUUCUAUUGCUACUGAAAAUGAAUAUUAUAAUAAUAAUAAUAAUGAUAUUAAUAAUAAAUUCGCAACAACUGAUUUCCGUAAGACUACUUUUACUCCAUCAAUAGCAACUGGUUAUCCAGGAAAUCCCUAUUACACAAACCAACCAGGAUACAAUAAAAAUAUCAGUACAUCCCGCGGAACUCUGUUUACUUCAGAAAUGUCUGUAACAUCAGCCGGUAAUCAAUUUUUCCCAAAUCAAGCAGCUAAUCCAACUUCAACGAAUCUUGAAAUUCCAAUAACGACAGCUGAUGAUGGCACUGGUUACAAAACGAAUGAAUAUCACGACAACGGUGGACGCGGAACAAUUCGUUACAACAAUGGCCUAGUUACGCACAAGUAUACUGAAGAUGAUAUACGUCUGCAUCAUACUUCUUUUACCAUUAAUCCAACACCAGACAGCGCUCAGACAAAUCCGGUUACGUUGAGUUCCGGUGGAGUUUACACACGUGGGGGAUUUACUAAAAUAGGUCCGACUAAAACAGGAAUUACUACUGCCCAGGUUGGAGGAACCGGAAGUUAUGUAGCUGCUGAGCUUGACAAUAGACCGACUUCUAAACCAGAUCAAAUUGGCGCGAAUGCCUUCGGUACCGUAACUCAAUCACCUGAAGAAGAAAAUUCACAAUCAUAUUCUACAGGUGAAAAAAAUACAGUCGAUUCUUCAAAGACUAAAAGUGAACAGGAUUCAAAUAUUGUAACAUCUGGUUACUCAUACGAUAAACCGACCGUUCAAUUAAAUACUAUUUCUACAAAAUCGCAAUCUGCUUCUUAUCAAGGCCAAGAUAAUUCUAUUCCUACGCUUACUCCUUUCUUGAAUGUUGAUGUAUACAAUAAUCCAAGUGUUGCAACAUCAUCACCGGCGGUUGUUAAUACGUACUCCUACGCUAAAUCAACGGGUCCGCAGUAUCAGGAAAACAUGUAUCAGUAUGAUAAGACAUCUACUGCUGCCUCUGCUGGAGAAUACUCAGAGUCUCUGUCUAAAACUACCCAGAGAAAGUAUCCAGCUGUUGGUUACACAACCGGCCCCCUUGAUGAUUAUCAGUCGACGUUAUUCGAGGCCGCGAGAAUUCCGACUGUUCCAAGAGUUCGACCGGUUAUUGAUACCGGUUUCAAAACUGUAAUAUCCCCGACAGCGGCUUCAGUUACCGUAGCAACUGCUCAUCAAAAUAAUUUUGAUAAUCAAAAUAUUAUGACAAAUUCGGUUAAUGGUAACGAUGAUUCUUCCCUUAAUGUCAGGGUAUCCUUUGGACAAACUAGUGGCCAACAAGAAAAUAAUUAUAAUAAUGAAGUCACUAAAACGGGCGAUGAAUUUGCUGGAUAUACCUACGAUCGAACUGAUAGCGAUUUUGAAGGCAGGUUUUAUAACAAAGAAUCUACUACUGAAGCGGUUGCUUACCAACGAACUGCAGCUAAUCCUGAGGACUUGAAGAAGCCAACAUUCAUAAUAUCCUACACAGAAUCAUCUAAAUUUGAUGAAAAUAAAGACUCAUAUGAUACAAGCGAUGUGAGUUAUAGUAAACCACCAAUUGAAUUUGUCAGUAGUGAAGCUCCAACUCUUGAACCAACAGAGUAUCCAUCAACAUCAUCAAACCCUAUGAUUACUCGCGAUCAAAUUAAAAAACUAGUCUCAAAUUAUAACCGCGGUACCGUUAAAUACGCUCCGGCCGACUAUGACGAAAUUCGUUACUCUUCUGGAUUAUCUGGCACACAGCCAAGUGUUCCAGAAUACGAAACAAAUACUGAUGAUGAAUCCAAUAAAUAUGAAUUAUCCGAAGACGGAUCUCCAACAGAAAGUAAUCGUUAUCAGUCUACAAAUUUCCCGUCAAUUAGAAAAUCAUCAUUGUCAUCAGUAUCAAAAUCCGUAGGCAUUUUAUCUAAAAAUACCUACACAACAAAUCAGCCAUCAGUUACAACGUACUCCGGUAACUACAGAAAAAGUUUAACAACACAAACAUCCGAAUUAAUUUCAAGAUCAAGUGAAGUUGCUCAAACCAAAACAGCGAUGGGGAAAGUAAUCGUGAAAUUCAGUGAUCUACAUCCGCUUUUAUUGGGUAAAUUAAGCGCUGAGUGUACUUGUAGAGCAGAUCCAUUUGCCAUUCGUGGAAACAAACCAUUGUUGAUAGAUUCAUCUAACGGAAAAGUUGAUUUAAGUAAUUACGACGAAUCAGAUAUUUAUGUCGAGUUAGAAAAGAGCAAAGAGUCGUCAUUAGACAAUUAUGAUGAUUCAAUUACUGUUUACGGUUCAUCUACAAAAUCCCCAUUGAAUAAAAUUUCUAGCCGAGUGACUCCAGUUGUUGCUCAAUUUAAUGGAGUAACAAAGUCCGCUAAAUUACGAAGACCUUCUUCGACUUACUUGCCAGCCUAUCGUACUUCGUCUUCAUCUUCACCGUCGACAAGACGACCUCCAUCUUCAAGUAAUCAACAAUCUACGACCUCUUCAUCUUUACGAGUAUCUGCUAGCGACAUAGAAUAUUCAACGCGAGCUAGAUCUCGUAGUGGUAAAAGUAUCGGUACUUUUAGGUCAACCAAUUCACCCGAUCAAGUUACUGAAUCGAUAGCCUCACCUGCUGCUGAUGAUAGAAUUGAUUAUGGAGAAGUUGGUGUACUUGAAUUAAAUCCAGAAGGUAAAGCCGAGUGUGCGCGACCUGGAUUAUUUAGACAUCCGAAAUACUGUAAUAAAUUUUACGCAUGUCAUUGGGACAGCUGGAAGAAAAAGUUUACACUUCAUAUAUUCAAUUGUCCGAUUCACUUGACCUUUGACAAUAAAGCUGCUGCGUGUAAUUGGCCAACAAAAGGUCCAGCUUGUCAAGAUAAUAAUCUUCUGAUUUAAAGAAAAAAAAUAGUAGACGUUGAUUGAUAAUUUCUAUUCUUAUUGAUGCGCUAAAUUUAUAUUUUUCAUUUCGGGUUUUCUUUAAUCAUCAGUUCAAUGAUAGAAAUUUUUUUAUAAAACUCAAAGAGAAUAAUAAUUAUCGUUUUGAGUAUAUGGUAAAUAAUAAAUAAGUGAUUGUAUUAUGAACUGAUAUUAAGUAGCGCGAAAGCCCGUCACUGUCACCGCAUCGAGUGAAAGUCGAUCGAAGUUGUCGAUCCAAAUUCAC